GCCUGUCAAGCGGUAGUUUAAGAUCUGCAGCAGACGGUUUAGUGUCUUAUGUGUUUGUGAGGCAUCAACAACUGGUUACAAGGAUCCGUUUCUACUGAUAUUGUCAUCAUGAGAACGGUUUUCACUCUUUGUGCGCUGGUCACAUUGUUGUACCUUGUGUCAUGCUGUGAGAAGGAUACACAUUAUUCGAAGGAUGGUAAAUGCUGUAAGAAGUGUGGACCAGGUAAGAGGAUGUUGGUGGAUGAUAACUGCGAGGACCCGCGCUGUCAGGACUGCCAAGACGGAGAAUAUCAGAGUGGCUACACAAGCGAAACCAGAUGUGAGCGCCAGCCCAGCUGUGACCCUAAUUUACAUUUUCUGCCACAAAAUGAACCCAGCAAGACCAGGCUAAGCAGAUGUCAGUGUGAACCUGGAUACUACUGUACACAAGAUGAUGACUGCGACACUUGUACAAAACAGACAGUUUGCAAGCCAGGACAGAGAGUUGUCAAAAAAGGUUCACCGGUUAGUGAUACUGCGUGUGAGGCAUGUGAACAUGGAACAUUCUCCACCAAUGAUUCAUCUGACACCUGCAGGAAAUGGAGCGAAUGUAAAUCUGGAUAUGUUCAGAACACUCCUGGCAGUUCAAACUCAGAUCAGACCUGUGUGGCUGGUACACCCACUUACGGAGUUCUCAUUGGGGUGGGAGUUUCUCUGUUAAUCGUCGCAUCUGCAGUAUUCGUUUUCAUUAAAAAAAGAAAAUCUGGAUGUUAUAAGCUCCCCAAAAAAACCAUAGAGGUCUUAACACAUGGAGAAAAUGAAGAUGUGGAGAGAGCAUACCGACCAGCAAUUCAACAGCCUCAGGAGGACAUUGACCAUAGCGUGCCCGUGAGCCCCACGCUAAGCAACUUGACUGACAAUGGAAAUUACGUAGCACAAGAGGAUGGCAAACUCACUAUUACCCCAACUACUGAAUCAAAUUCAUUUUCGUAGAGCACAGUCUUCUGCAAAGUACAGACAGCUGUGCUCCCAUCAUGUUACAAUCAUCUAUAUAAAUAGAGCAUUACACUAUAAAGCACUGCUUUACUCUAAAUGUCUUCAUGUGUCUUACAAAAUCAUGUGUUCUUUUUCAUGACUGAAACAUGAAAUACUUAUAUAUAAGUACAAAUAUAUAAAUACUACUCACUGCUGCUGAGUGUUCGCAGUUGCAUUAGCACUUGCAUGUGAUUGUUACAAUAUGCUGAAAUACAGAGUUCUGGCAUGAAACUCUAGAUGGCGCAGUCCGAUA